GGCUACUUUGGAAAGGCGCGGCCGGGACAGGGUGAAUGUCAGCUUAGAAAGCAAUCAAAGCACUUGAAUUCCAGUAAGAGGAGGACCGGAGAGAAGGGGGUAGGAUAUCAGCACUUUUCGGGAGGCCUCCUAUCUCAACUUACGCCGCUGGGGCCGACGUUUUGGCCGAACACGCCGUGUACAUGCGUGGACUUGACUCUGCGUCCGGCUGGGCGUGCGGUGGGUCGUGACGGUCCGCUGGUCGCCGCCGGCGUCCUCCCUCCGCGGGACGGCUCCCCGGGAACAUGAUGUGCAGGCUCCUGCGGGCUGUGCGGGGCGCGGAGAGGCUGCACGGGUGCUCGGGGGAGCGCUGGCUCCUGCCGCACGUCGCGCUGCACAAAGCCUGCCUGAAGACCGAGCCCAGCUGGCGAUGGGGGCUGCGGCCUAGGUGUGUGCUGGGGGCCCCCCGGAAAACCGUCUGGACGCAGGGACAGAGCCGCCAGGGAGCGAAGGAGGAUGGCGGCAAACAAGUGUCCGUGCGCUCAGCUCGCAGCGGGGAGCCCGCCGCCUCGGCGUCGCAGAAGGUGAAAGAAGCUGGAAGAGAUUUUACCUACUUAAUAGUGGUGCUUAUUGGAGUCGGCAUUACAGGUGGCUUGUUUUACACGAUCUUCAGAGAACUUUUUUCUUCAUCCAGCCCUAAUAAGAUAUAUGGGAAAGCCCUGGAAAAAUGCAGAUCACAUCCUGAGAUCAUAAGUGUCUUCGGUGAGCCCAUUAAAGGCUACGGGGAGACUACAAGACGAGGCCGAAGGCAGCACGUCAGCUUUAUUGAAUAUGUAAAAGAUGGGCUGAAACACAUGCGUGUGAAAUUCUACAUCCAGGGCUCCGAGCCUGGGAAGCAAGGAACAGUGCACCUUGAAGUGAAAGAGAACCCAGAAAGUGGCGAAUAUGAAUUUCGAUAUAUAUUUGUAGAACUUGAACCCUAUUCUAGAACUAUUGUCAUUGAAGAUAAUCGAUCCUAAGACAAUGAAAAGAACAAGCAAGUAUGUGUUUCCUGAUGGAUGUGGAAAAUGCAGGCUCUGAUCUUCACAGCCCUCUUCCAGAGUCUAUUUUGAAUAAAACGGGAAAGAGUAUAGCUCAUAAAAGUGAAGGCAACUGGGUAGCUGUUGCAUUUAGAGAAACUGAAUUAGAGAUUUUCUUGCAGAGUGAAAAAUCAUGAAAUAAAGCAAACCUUACGUUAAAUCAUUGAAUUGCGGAUCAUGGGCAGUGUUUCUGCUCUACUUCACAUCAUGUUUUAUGAUAAGAAAUUUUUGUUAUUAAAAUUUUACACCAUGUAAAGAAAAUAGAGUUCAGUAUUUAAUGCUUUUUUAUGUUGUAUAACUGUAUAAAGCCUGUGAAAUAAAAUUGAAACUAACAAAAA